UCUGUAGCAUUGUCUAUUUGUCUCUAAAUACUGUCCACUCGAUCUUUCUCGCGCGACAAACGCGGCAAAGUGGGAACAACACCCGCACUCGCACAUAUAUUCCCUUCUCGGUCCGACGACAGCGCUCUCUGGGAUCGACCACAAUCUCAUUUUGACCGUAGGAGACGUCCGACAUGUAUCGGAGCUUGUCGGGUAGCCACCGGGACGGGGGCAACGCCGGUGGGAGCGCCGCCGCCGUGGCCAUGCCGGGCUACUUCAUGGCGUCGUUCUACCCGGUGGAGAUGGGCGGCGGAGGCGGCGGCGGCGGCGGUGAUGCACCCACGGACCGGGCCCUCAUCGCCUCCCGGAACCACCGCGAGGCCGAGAAGCGAAGAAGGGAGCGGAUCAAGUCCCAUCUCGAUCGUCUUCGGACCAUUCUUGCCUGCGACCCUAAGACAGAUAAAGCAUCCCUCUUGGCAAAGGCAGUAGAACGCGUUAGAGAUUUAAAGCAGCGAACAGCGGAUAUCACAGAGACCCAGCUCUUCCCCACUGAAAACGAUGAGAUCGUUGUGCUUCCCUCCUCCAGCUCCAAUGGCGAAAGGUCAGUGUUUGAGGCCUCGCUGUGCUGCGAGGACCGGUCUGAUCUGCUUCCGGAACUUAUAGAGACCCUCCGGUCCCUCCGCCUCAAGACUCUGAGAGCCGAGAUUGCAACGCUUGGAGGAAGGGUGCGCAACGUGCUGGUCCUUGCCAAAGAGAAAGAAGAGUAUGAGGAGGAGGCGGAGGAGGGCGAGGGUUCCGGUGGUGCCUUCCUCAGGGAUGCUCUCAAGGCUUUGGUGGACCGCCCAGUCUCCGAUGACCGAUCCAAACGUCGUCGAGUCGUGGACCGGGGUUUGGCCUGAGGAACCUCCUCCUUCCUUGUGCUGGUGUUUGUUUGGGCUUCGCGUUUGGAUACUUGGAGCUUUUGCUUCUUGAUGGUGGUGUUUUAGGGUUUGUUAUGGGUGCCAAGGUUAAUUGGAGACAGACCCGCAAGGAAGAAUAUCCUUGUUAUAAGCUAUUAUUAAUUUCCUGUAAUAACAAUAUGGUGACAAUCUGCACUAGUGUUGAUGGAACGAGGUAUGUAGCUUAAGGUUAGUUUUAGAGCUGCAGAGAAUGGGAGAUAAUAUAGUUUAUCAGGCAUGGGCAUCCGCAUGGAAUGCCUGUUGUUUUGACAUCCUUUUUUCUUCCUUAUCUUAUUGCCCUUUCUUGAAAAAGGAAGAGGGGUUUGAACUAGAUAUCACAUCAGAUGCGUGCUAAAUAUUUGUGAGUUGGAUGAUGGCAGUUUCCAUGGAUUAUUGUUUCGGGCAGAUGAUCCUAUAUGAACAUUCAUUUUCUCAA